AUGAAUAGCGAAGAGCCUGUGCAGAUUGAGCCUGAUAAUUUUCGUGCUGGAAUCAUAAUUGGGGGCGGUACUUGUGGGUUAGCAGUAGCAUCAAGGUUGUGCGAAAACCACCCUGGGUCACUAUUCACAGAAGAUGAACACCAACGUUUCCAUUGGCUAAAGCAAAGAGGACACAAGACAAACAAAGUCAAAAGCAACCAGAGGUUUGAUUAUGAUAAGUUUCACCCAGAGGAUCUAUUGGUUAUUGACGCAAGGGGUGACAAGUUUUUGACACAAUGGGACGCUCAAUUCAAUGCAUGCCAGAUCCCAUAUUUGAGAUCCCCGAUGUUUUUCCACAUUGAUCCGAGUGACAUCGACGGUAUGAUUAGUUUUGCCCAUUUGAAUAAACGUGAAAAGGAAUUGAUGGAGAUCACCAAUGUCGUAGGUAAAGAAUUUUCGAAACAUCAGCAAAAGAGGAUCAAACAAAAGUUGAAGCUGAAUGACGGUAUCGUAGAUAUUAAUAUGCGUGACUGGAAGGAUUACUAUCGACCAUCGACAAAGUUAUUUCAUGAUUAUUGUGCCGAAGUGGUUGCACGGUAUGGGUUACAAAACAGUAUUGCACAAGACGAAGUUGUGGAUAUUGAGCACAAAUUGAUUCAAAGCGGUGAGAAUUCAGGCAAAGGGUUUGUUAUUCGCACAAUGUCGGGUAAAGUAUACGGCUGCAAAUUUGCAGUUGUUGCGAGUGGUCAUAGAGGUAAAAUCAAUUAUCCUCCUUCCAUUUGCCCUAACCCACAGUUUCCCCAUGGUUCUUGCCACACAACACAUUUGUUUUCCAACCAAGUAAAGUUUCUCGAUCUGCAAUACUUUGCCAAUCCCAAACGAAAGAACGUUGUGAUUAUAGGAGGUGGCUUAACAUCUGCACAACUAGCCCAUGUUGCAUGCCACGAUGCAACAGUAGAUACUAUCUACCUCAUAUUCCGCUCAGGCAUCAAGAUCAAGCAUUUUGAUUUCCAUCUUGAUUGGGUUGCAAAAUACAAAAAUGUAAAGAAGUCCAGUUUCUACAAUCUAGACACCAAUGAAUUGAAGUAUGAGAUGAUGAAUGAUGCAAGAGAAGGUGGCUCGAUCAAUCCGGAAUACUACAAGAAGAUAAAGCAACAUGUGAAGAAUGGUCGCUUGAAAUGGUUGACAGAAACGCAAGUUGUUGAACAAGAAUGGGAGGAAGACACUUGGAGGUUAUUGUUGAAGAAUAAGCAUGGUGAAGCUACAAGUUUAGAAAAGAUUGAUUAUGUCUACUAUGCCACCGGUAUUCAAGCUGAUAUCGAGUCAUUACCAUUUAUGCGUACUAUGUUCAAUCAAAAUCCAAUUGAUGUUUGUAACGGAUACCCUUCGCUUACCGACAACUUACAGUGGAACAAAGAAAUACCAUUGUACAUGGUUGGAAAAAAUGCCGCUUUACAAGUAGGUCCUACCUCUGCCAACCUUGAUGGAGCCAGAUUAGGAGCUGAAAGAAUCGGGUGGCAUUUGCAGAAUAUGAAAUUGCAGGGAGAAUUCGAUUGGUCACCAGUGAAAGUCAUCACCACUGAAAACACCAGAUCGAGCACAUUCGAUAAACGUUUACAAUUGGCAGGUGGACUGAUCAACUGGUUUGAGCUUCUCGAGUUUGAAAAAAUAAACUAA